UUGUGGGUCUCUACACCAUAGGAGGAUGCGGGAAAAGACCACCCAGAUGCCUCUGCAUCCCAUUGGUCCGCACGCUGGUGCAGCGGCCGUACAAGCGGACGGGGUUACUCCCAUCCGAGAGUAGGAGUAGCCGAGUAGGAUAUACUGCCACUGCAAGUCUGCAAUUAAAGAGUGGAAGACCAGAGUUCACCGAUCACCUAUUCUGCGAUAGACUAGUACGUCUACGUUUAGGUUCCCGGAUCUUGAUAUAUCAAAUCAGAAGUGCUCCAUCAUGUCGGAACUCCAGACUUCAGACCCCAUAGCAGUCAUGGAUGAGCAGGAAUUCCGACACAUUCUGGAUCUGUUCCCUAUCGUCCGAUCCCGAGAUUACUGUGCUGAUUCAGAGUUACCAAGACAGCAUUCAGCAAUGGAUGAGGUAACAGAAUGGCAAAGUGCUUGGAGUGAGGAGGGUGAAAAAGGAACUGAAAUUCAGGGAAUUGACACAGAAGAUCCAUUCUGGGAGAAAUUAAAAUUAGCAGCAGAGAGGAAGGUUGGUGCAGCAGAAGCUGAGAAAUUCUGCAAGGCUUUCCAAGUGGUUCACAAGAAACUUGUGUAUGAAGAACUAAGUCUAGAUGCGGCACGGAACUUUAUAUCCGAUGACAGGUUCAAUGAAAAAAUAAUGCAGAAUAUUAGAAUACACUCUAAAUAGAUGGUCCAUGGGAUAUUAUUCUGGUUAUACCAUGUCAAAAAGUUGAAAAGAAAAUAAUAAUGAAUGAUGAUAUUGGUUUGUGGGAUAUUACUCAGUUGCUGAUUGAUGUUGAUCCUGUUCCAAGGUCAUUGUGCAAUGGCAGGUUAGAAGCUGUGUUUUGAUCUAGGGACUUCACUCGGUUACCUGAAGUUGGUGGUUUUUUCACCUGGAAACCAAUGAAUUCUUUCAAGUAUAAUUGAUGCAUUUAGUA